AUGGCUCCAACCAUCUAUCUGCUCUUCAGUUUGACUUUCCAGCUACUCCUUCUACUCACCGUCUCAUCGGAAUCCGCAUCGAACACCGGCGGCGACGCCUCUCGAAUCCCGUCGAAGUUCCUCGAACUCGCCAAGAGCCCGAAGGUUUUCGAUUGGAUGGUGAGAAUCAGAAGGAAAAUCCACGAGAAUCCGGAGCUGGGCUACGAGGAAUUCGAGACCAGUAAACUCAUCAGGUCGGAGCUGGACCUCAUCGGAGUCAAGUACAGGUAUCCCGUCGCUAUCACCGGCGUCAUCGGAUACAUCGGCACCGGAGAACCGCCGUUCGUCGCUCUGAGAGCCGAUAUGGAUGCUUUGCCUAUGCAGGAAGGUGUUGAGUGGGAGCACAAGAGCAAAAAUCCUGGUAAAAUGCACGCUUGUGGACACGAUGGUCAUGUCACUAUGCUUCUUGGUGCUGCAAAGUUGCUUCACAAACAUCGCCAAGAUUUGCAGGGGACUGUGGUGCUUAUUUUCCAGCCAGCGGAAGAAGGUUUGGCCGGAGCGAAGAAGAUGAUAGAAGAAGGAGCGUUGAAGCACGUCGACGCCAUUUUCGGGAUUCAUCUCUCCAACCGGAUUCCUUUAGGUAAAGCCGCUUCGCUUGCAGGUUCGAUUCUCGCCGGAGCUGGAGCGUUUGAGGCUGUGAUCACCGGAAAAGGAGGUCACGCCGCGAUUCCACAGCAUACUAUAGACCCUGUUGUUGCUGCUUCAAGUGUCAUCCUCAGUCUUCAACACCUUGUUUCACGUGAAACCGACCCUUUGCAUUCCAAGGUGGUUACUGUUGCUAAGGUUCACGGAGGCAAUGCUUUCAAUGUUAUCCCUGAUUCAGUCACCAUAGGAGGGACUCUCCGAGCCUUCACCGGCUUUACUCAGCUUGAACAAAGAGUCAAAGAGGUUAUUAUCAAGCAAGCAUUGGUUCACCAGUGCAAUGCAUCCGUGGAUCUAACACCAAACGGUAAAAUACCGCUCCUACCAACCGUGAACGACGAGGGCUUAUACAAGCAGUUCAAGAGCAUGGUCGGAGAUCUGUUGGGUGAAGAAUCUUUUGUGGAAGCGACGCCUGUUAUGGGAGGAGAAGACUUCUCCUACUUUGCAAAGGCAAUCCCUGGUCAUUUCUCUUUCUUGGGGAUGCAAGAUGAGACCAAAGGCUACGCUUCGUCUCAUUCGCCGUUCUAUAGAAUCAACGAGGAUGUGCUUCCGUACGGUGCUGCAAUUCAUGCGUCGAUGGCCGUACAGUACCUUAAAGACAAGAAGGCCUCUACAAGAUCCGACUCGCCAAAAGGCUUUCAUGACGAACUUUGA